GCUCCCUCUCUCUGGCUUCAGUUCAUAUAACAAGUGAAGUCAACACCACUGUCCUUUCAGACAACAUGCUCAGCCUUAUUAAACUGCCCAGAGUCUUCACCAUCAACCAAGUGCCCAAGGUAAGUUUACUUUACUUCACUACAUUCUAUACUGUCAAAUCCUACAAUACUAUUUUCAGAGUUGAGGUUAUAUGUUAUAUUUAAGUCCAGUUAAUUCCGAAGUUGGACAUGUGGACAUGGAAUUUGAGUGGAACACUAUACUGAAUCUUGUGCUUCUUGCCACCAAGAAUGUCAAGAAUGUAUCAUUGUGACUCCCCUCAAGAAUGUAUAGUCCUACUUUUAUUUGGGAAAUACAUCAACAUCAAAACCUUUUGUGUUUAUAGUAAACAGGUGACUCUCCAUAUGUAUCUAUAUAUAGCCUACUACUGUGUGGGGAGUGAGUGUUGGCCAACAGUGCAGUAACCCUGGGUUUUGUUUUGUUUAGGUGUUCCAUGAGGACAGCAUCAUCUCAGGCUACCGACACCCUCGCAGCUCAGCCAUUGACUGCAUCCUCAGCCUCUUCCAGCUGACCAAUGAGACGCUCAACAUCUGGACACACUUCCUGCCCACAUGGUAUAGCCGAGCAACACCUGUACACUUCUUGUGAACGCCACAUGGGGGCAAAUUUUUUGCUCACACUUUAUUUGGAUUGUCCCACACAGAUGAUCUACAGAUGGUCACACUAUCAACAAGCUAUCUGUUGAUAAGCAACUGCUUGCUAAAUGUGGGUUAGGUUUAGAAUCAGGGUUAGGUCUAGGGUUAGUGGAUAGUUAGUUGACAUGUUGUUGACGGUAAUUGAACAUCUACUGAACAUCUACAAAGCAUCUACUUGGGACUAUCCAAAUAAAGUGUUACCCAGCACUAGCACACCUAUUUCAGGGUUGAAUGGUUAGUUCAUUAGUGGAAUCCGAUGUAUUAGUGCUGGGCAAGUACAUAAAUGUGCACUCCUGUCGCAACAGUGGCAUGUGUCCUUAAGACAGAGUUGUAGUAAAUUCAAAACAUUCUAAACAUCCUUCAUAGAUUAAAAUAAAUUGAGCUCUUUUCCUCAAUUGAAAUGGAAUUAGAUGAUUAAUUAAGUAGGUUAACUGGAACCUCAGGGGACAGUCUCGUGUCAAUGAUACUCGAGGCUUGACUUUUAUUAUUUUAUUUAACCUUUAUUUAACUAGGGAAGUCAUUUAAGAACAAAUACUUAUUUACAAUGACAGCCUACCAAAAGGCGAAAAGGCCUCCUGCGGGGACAGGGGCUGGGAUAAAAAAUUAAAAUAUAGGACAAAACACACAUCACGACAAGAGAGACACCACAACACUACAUAAAGAGAGACCUAAGACAACAACACAGCACGGCAGCAACACAUGACAACACAGCAUGGUAGCAACACAACAUGACAACACAGCAUGGUAGCAACACAACAUGACAACAACACGGCAGCAACACAACAUGACAACAACACGGCAGCAACACAUGACAACAACAUGGUAGCAACACAACAUGACAACAACAUGGUAGCAACACAACAUGACAACAACAUGGUAGCAACACAACAUGACAACAACAUGGUAGCAACACAACAUGACAACAACAUGGUAGCAACACAACAUGACAACAACACGCCAGCAACACAAGACAACACCGCAUAGUAGCAACACAACAUGACAACAACAUGGUAGCAACACAACAUGACAACAACACGGCAGCAACACAACAUGACAACAACAUGGUAGCAACACAACAUAACAACAUGGUAGCAACACAACAUGGCAGCAACACAACAUGGUAGCAGCACAAAACAUGGUACAAACAUUAUUGGGCACAGACAACAGCACAAAGGGCAAGAAGGUAGAGACAACAAUGCAUCACGCGAAGCAGCCACAAUUGUCAGUUAGUGUCCAUGAUUGAGUCUUUGAAUGAAGAGAUGGAGAUAAAACUGAGACGGGAGUAAACAGUUGAACAUUUCUUUCAUGUUUAGUGUUAUCUUUACAAUUUGGAUACAUACAAACAAUGAACAUAGCGUUUCCUUUAAUGACACCAAAAAGAAACAACUGCAUAUGGAAACAUGCUCUCUCACUCUCAGAUCUCUGGAACAAUGUUGCUUGGGAUUUGGACUAAACCAGAAAACAUGAUUAACAGGUUUGAUUGAACAGCAGCUGAAGCACCUGAAGCACAUUCCACAGGCUUGAGGCCUUCCACAGGAAGGAGUAUUUGAUUCGCAGUGUAGCAUGGUGUAGUCAUUAAGACACUUGCCUCUGUACUGCAAGGAUCAAGGACUCCUCUCUCUCUUUUCUCUCUCUGCUUCUCUAUCAGAAUCGAGACUAGAGGGAAAAGAGAAGAAUGGAGGAGAAAGAUAGAGUAGAGGAGAGGGGAAAACAAAGAGAUGAAGAAGAGAGGAGAAAAAAGGAGGACGAAGACGAGGGCACAGAGCUCAUCCUCUAUUUGAAACCAAAUCUUCUCUAAACCGAUAGUUUCUCCCCGCUCCUCGGGGGUGGGGGAGUUGAGGGAAACCCCUAUCCCUAUAAGGGGCGGGGGGGUGGGUCCACGUAGAGGGGAGACCAAAGAGAGCGUAAUCCAUUACUCAUCUAUAUUCUCUCUCUCUCUCUCUCUCCUCUCUCUCUCUCUUCAUAUCUCUCGCCUCUCUCUCUCUCUAUCUCGUUUCUCUCUCUCUUCAUUCUCUCUCUCUCUCCCCAUCUCUCUCCUCCCCCCUCUCCUCUUCGAGUGGCAAAGAGGAGGAAUUUUAGUGUACAGUAAGAUUCUAGUGCUUGGUGCUAUAGGGACCAUACCUACUCCGCCUAGGAGAGAGAAAGGAAGAGGGAGGGGGGAGGGAGAGAGAGGAGAGAGAGGAGAGGGAGAGAGAGAGCUAAUGAGCUAGCACAGCUCUCAAAUGAGUUGCCACAAUUAGCGAACAGCUCAGUGCAGCGAUGGGGAAAACUACAAAUAAGGUUUAUUUGUUAAUGAGGUGUGCAGAGACAUGGAAACACAGCCCGCUGCCUCUGUAACUACUGUGUACAGGCCGGGGCAAACCUUGUGGUAAGAUAGCCUGAACCUUUAGAUACAGUAACUCACUGUGGGUGACUGAACCCCAAAAUAAAACUUUGCCACAUUUUAAGAAGCUAUCACUUGUAUGUUUAGGCGAACAAUUCCAAAUAAUUAUUUCAUUUUGAACACCCAUCAUUAACUUGCAUUCUGAUUGAUUGAUGAAAAAAGUACCAAACGAUUGCUCCCCCGAUAAAUGAUUGGUAAAUGAUUGCUCCCCUGAUAAACAAUUGGUAAAUGAUUGCUCUCCCAAUAAACUAUUGGUAAAUUAUUGCUCCCCCGAUAAACGAUUGGUCCUGAAAGGUAUGCGUCCUCCAGUGCCAAGCUAACCCCCUGUGUCCUCUGUGUCCUGACAGGUACUUCUUAUGGAAGCUGCUGAUGGUGGUCCUGAUGCGGGACGUGUGGCGCGACUCCUUCACCUGGCCCCUCCUGGUGUUCCUGAUGUCGUGCUGUGUGUACCCGCUGGCCUCCAGCUGUGCCCACACCUUUAGCACAAUGUCCACGCGCGCACGACACAUCUGCUUCUUCUUCGACUACGGAGCUCUGAGUCUCUACAGCCUGGGUGAGUAGAAAUGCCAUAGAAAUAGAUUUAUACUCAAAAGGACAUUGUUGCCCUAGCGACAUGACUACUGUAAUAUGCAGCUGUAUCUCUAUAGGGAAAGGCAUUGUACGGAUUCUAUCUAGUCAAUGUAUAAGGGGUUGGAUUUGUAUAGUGUUUUGAACCUGCAGGUCUUAUAACAGAGAGUCGUUGUAUGAUACCCCGAAGCACAGGAGGUUGGUGGCACCAUAAUUGGGGAGGACUGGCUUGUGGUAUUAGCUGGAGCGGAAUCGGUGGAAUGGUAUCAAAUAGAUCAAACAUGGUUUCCAUGGUUUCCAUGUGUUCGCCAUUCCAUUCGCUCCGUUCCAGCCAUUAUUAUGAGCCGUCCUCCCCUCAGCAGCCUCCACUGAGGAAGGGAAUGUAGUCCCGUUCAAAUGGAUGUUCUGUGGUGGGUACACUGGCCAGUUAUACUCUCCAUGUACUAUUUGGAGUGUUGGAAUGAUCCCAUUAGACAUCUAUUCCUCUUUGAUAUGAUCUAAUUCUAUGGUUUCCCCCAAUCCCAAAUCAACACCUAGUAAAAAAUGUUAUGCCUCCUUACAGAUCUGAUGGAAGUAUGUAGGUAUAAGAUAAAUGGCAACAACUGCCUUGCCUACCACAGGGCUAGGUGGCACCAUUACCAUAUUGUGCCCACCCAUUCAAUCCUUUUGGAUUUUGGUGGGGCUUUCAAAAGGUGUCUAGGGGUGGGGGUGGCUGUGGGGGUUGAUAUGGAAUUGGGUGAAAGAAUGCAUGCAUAAUGGUUUGUAUUUAUAUAGCUCUGAGCCCAGUUUUAAAAAUCCCUUUGUGUGUAGCAGGUCUUGAACAGGACAUAAUGUACAGUCAGGGUAACUAUACCCUCAACCAACUAAUGUGUAGCACCAACCUGCCAUACAAAGGGCAUUUUUAGUUAUGGAAAUGCAUGCAGGAAUGGGCUUACGCACAUGUACCAUGCAUACUGAGACCUGGACCAACCUUAGAUUGGAACCUACACUUCUGCCAGCAUCUGCACGCUGAAGGGUGACAGUGUAUGUGUGUUUUUACAUACAUGCAUGCCUUUCCCACAUGAGUUUCCACAUGUAGGAUCUUAAUUUGAGCCAGUUUGCUACAGCAGGAAAAUAAUCCAGCCGGAACAGGAAAUGUGAAUUAUUAUGUGGAUUAUAAUCACAUUUACAUUUUUUGUAGGGGUUGAUAAAUUUUUCGGAAGGGGAAAUCUAGUCGGAAAUUUCAAAGUGGAAAUUACAAACUUCAGAAGCCUCAAAUGCACUACAAGUUUUACAUUUCCUGCAUUGCAGGAAAGAUCUCCUGCAACAGGGUGAUCAAAUUAAGAUCCUCCAUCUGUAUGUGUGUAUAUUAUACACAUCAAUAUAGUCUAUGGUAUAUACACACAGUUUGCAGUACUUGUGCAUGCACACAUAUGUUUCUGUAUUUGUGUCUAUUCCUGCAUGUAUGAUUAUGCAUAUUUCUCUCCCGUCCAGGCUCUGCCAUUACAUAUUCUGCCUACGUGAUUCCUGAUAAGUGGGUGAACAGUUCGUUCCACCAGUACUACAUCCCCAUCGCUAUGGUAAACACUGUCAUCUGUACCGCCUUGGCCUGCUACUCCAGGUAAGAGAGCUUUCUACUGGAGGGCUGUUUGCAGGAUAGUGUUUUUCAUCAUUCUGGAGGUAGCUCUGCAGAGUGGUCACUAGCUGGCACAGCCACAAAGUCAUACAAUCUGAUUUUAAACCUAAUCUUAACCCAAACCUUAACCACACUGCCAAAUCUAACCUUAAAUUAAAACCAAAAAAGCAAAUGUUUGUUUUCAUUAAUUUAGACAAUUUGACUUUGCAGCUGGCCUAUCUAAGGGGAAAUCGCUCAGUUCUGCCUCCAGGACAAGACUCAUGACGAUAAAUGUCAACCUGCCUGUUGGUUAGCAACCACUCAAUCUCACGCAUCUUAUAGUGCUAAUGAGGAUAUCGUAUAAUUAGCUUUGGGUUUUAGAGCAUGUGAUUGUACAACUUGACCCCUAGCUUUGGAUGUAGUGUCUUGAUAAGAUGACAAACUGACAAUAUUCCUCCAACCAGAAACAAUUACAUUUAGUCUAAAUCCUACUGUGUGCACACAUAUUUGACGUUAAACAUUUUAAUGUACAUGUAUUGUAGAUUUGAUACACACACUGCUGUUAUUAAUUAAUUUUGGGGAAUGAAACUACUCCUUUGUGCUCCUUUCUGUCAAAAUACCAUGCAUGAUGGGAGACAAAUUGGACCGGUCUUUUACCUCAGCUUAGCUUCACUGUGGAGCACCUAUUGUGACGUCUCUUGUCAUCGUACAGCAAGCCUACUGUACACAUUGUUGUUAAAACGCAGCCCGACUGGUUUGCCUACUUUUCAUCAUAGUUAUUACUCAGUAUUAUCAGCUUAAUGGCAGUCUCACAAUGCUUCUCCCUCUUCUCUCCUCUUUUCUGCUAAGGCUUGGCUUACCAUAUAUUCAAUAUAACCAUGACAUCAUAAAAAGGUAAACAUCAUGUCAUCUCCGUUAGUCAUGCGUUUUCUUUUGCUUUCUGUCAACUGCUGUGCUACUGCUAACCUAACUCACUGUGCUACUGCUAACCUAACUCACUGUGCUACUGCUAACCUAACUCACUGUGCUACUGCUAACCUAACUCACUGUGCUACUGCUAACCUAACUCACUGUGCUACUGCUAACCUAACUCACUGUGCUACUGCUAACCUAACUCACUGUGCUACUGCUAACCUAACUCACUGUACUACUGCUAACCUAACUCACUGUGCUACUGCUAACCUAACCUAACUCACUGUGCUACUGCUAACCUAACUCACUGUGCUACUGCUAACCUAACUCACUGUGCUACUGCUAACCUAACUCACUGUGCUACUGCUAACCUAACUCACUGUGCUACUGCUAACCUAACUCCCUGUGCUACUGCUAACCUAACUCACUGUGCUACUGCUAACCUAACUCACUGUUCUACUGCUAACCUAACUCACUGUGCUACUGCUAACCUAACUCACUGUUCUACUGCUAACCUAACUCACUGUGCUACUGCUAACCUAACUCACUGUGCUACUGCUAACCUAACUCACUGUGCUACUGCUAACCUAACUCCCUGUGCUACUGCUAACCUAACUCACUGUGCUACUGCUAACCUAACUCACUGUGCUACUGCUAACCUAACUCCCUGUGCUACUGCUAACCUAACUCACUGUGCUACUGCUAACCUAACUCACUGUCUACCACAGGAGGUUGGUGGCACCUUAAUUGGGGAGGAUGGGCUCAUGGUAGUGUCUGGAGCGGAAUCAGUGGAAUGGUAUCAAAUACAUCAAACACAUGGUUUCCAGUGUUUGAUGCCAUUCCAUUAACUCCGUUCCAGCCUUUAUUAUGAGCCAUUCUCCCCACAGCAGCCUCCACUGCAGUCUACCACCACUACCACUACUACCACUCCCAUCCUUUGUGAUUUCCUGUCUCAGAGUUUUGGUAAACUGCUUGUAGUUUUCCUUAUUCAUUAGUUUGUCUCUCCUCGAUCCUCCUCACUCCUGUGUCAGACAUCCCAAGUGCAUGUCUUUGUAUGUGAAAUGUUAGGACUCUUAGGAUAACUAACCAUGUCAUCUAUAUGUAGGCCUCAUCAUUCCAUAGAUAGACUAUCAAGUGUGGUUUUAGUUGGACAAGGUAGUAAGGAGAGGGAAGACAUGUACAGUAGUUAGCAACAGAUCGUGUGUUCUUUAUGUGAAGAGGGAGUUGGCUUCAUUUACACUGGAAUGUGUUUAAAAGCUACUAAAACAGAAUCUGUUUUGCUAAUCUGAUCUGACAAUGACUCAGCAGUUGUGAUUGUGUGAUGAUUGUGUGAAAGGUAAGGAGAGAAAGUGAGUGAAUUUAAUUGAAGCCGUGCAUGUGGUUACAGUGCAUUCGGAAAGUAUUCAGACCCCUUGACUUUUCCCAAAUUUUUUACAUUACAGCCUUAUUCUAAACUUUAUAAAAUAUAUUUUUUUGCUAUGAGACUCGAAAUUCAGCUCAGGUGUAUCCUGUUUCCAUUGAUCAUCCUUGACAUGUUUCUACAACUUGAUUGAAGUCCACCUGUGAUAAAUUCAAUUGAUUGGACAUGAUUUGGAAAGGCACACACCUGUCUAUAUAAGGUCCCACAGUUGACAGUGCAUGUCAGAGCAAAAACCAAGCCAUGAGGUCGAAGGAAUUGUCCGUAGAGCUCCGAGACAGGAUUGUGUCGAGGCACAGAUCUGGGGAAGGGUACCAAAACAUUUCUGCAGCAUUGAAAGUCUCCAAGAACACAGUGGCCUCCAUCAUUCUUAAUUGGAAGAAGUUUGGAACCACCAAGAAUCUUCCUAGAGCUGGCCUCCCGGCCAAACUGAGCAAUCGGGGGAGAAGGGCCUUGGUCAGGGAGGUGACCAAGAACCCGAUGGUCACUGACAGAUCUCCAGAGUUCCUCUGUGGAGAUGGGAGAACCUUCCAGAAGGACAACCAAUUCUGCAGCACUCCACCAAUCAGGCCUUUAUGGUAGAGUGACCAGACGGAAGCCACUCCUCAGUAAAAGGCACAUGACAGUCUGCUUGGAGUUUGCCAAAAGGCACCUAAAGGACUCUCAGACCAUCAAAAACAAGAUUCUCUGGUCUGAUGAAACUGAGAUUGAACUCUUUGGCCUGACUGCCAAGUGUCACAUCUGGAGGAAACCUGGCACCAUCCCUACGGUGAAGCAUGGUGGUGGCAGCAUCAUGCUGUGGGGAUGUUUUUCAGCGGCAGGGACUGGGAGACUAGUCAGGAUCGAGGGAAAGAUGAACAGAGCAAAGUACAGAUAGAUCCUUGAUGAAAACCUGCUCCAGAGUGCUCAGAACCUCAGACUGGGGCGAAGCUUCCAACAGGACAACGACCCUAAGCACACAGCCAAGACAACGCAGGAGUGGCUUUGGGACAAGUCUCUGAAUGACCUUGAGUGGCCCAGCCAGAGUCUGGACUUGAACCAAGUCGAACAUCUCUGGAGAGACCUGAAAAUAGCUGUGCAGCGACACACCCCAUCCAACCUGACAGAGCUUGAGGGGAUCUGCAGAGAGGAAUGGGAGAAACUCCCCAAAUACAGGUGUGCCAAGCUUGUAGCGUCAUACCCAAGAAGACUCAAGGCUGUAAUCAUUGCCAAAGGCGCUUCAACAAAGUACUGAGUAAAAGGUCUGAAUACUUAUGUAAAUGUGAUAUUUCUAAAAACCUGUUUUUGCUUUGUCAUUAUGGGGUAUUGUGUGUAGAUUGAUAAGGGGGAAAAAAACAAUUUAAUCAAUAUUAGAAUAAGGCUAUAACGUAACAAAAUGUGGAAAAAGUCCAGGGGUCUCAAUACUUUCCAAAUGCACCGUAUGUGAUUUGUGAUGGGAAUAUAAAACAAUGAAAGUGUCCUGUGUAAUAUUUAAACAAGAUGAGUUCAUGCUAGAUACAACAAUGUACUGAAAAAGUGUCUACUUGGGAGCUAGUUCAUAAAGGCUACAGUUUAUUCCCAAGUUCAAUAAGGGGACACAGGUUUCUAAUUUAAUGUUAAUAACUAUGCAACAGUAAUGCAAUAAUUUGUCCCAUACUUGUCCCCUAGAUCCUCUUAAGAUCUUCUUCUAUUAAUCUAUCCUUAAUGCACAGAGAUAGGGAACAAAGAGAUUGCAUACGUUGAUAAUUAAAAUCUGUAAUUAUUUGCAGUGUAUAAUGAAUAUGCAUGGAUUUGGGUCAUUGUAAUGGCUGAUAAAGCGACCAUCACUCUUUUUCAGAUACCAAGAGUGUCAGAGCCCAAAGUUAGGCAAAUUUCUCCGCAUUCUUGCUUUCGCAUUACCCUAUCUGUUCGACAACAUUCCUCUCUUCUACAGGGUGAGUCAUUACAUUUCUACCCCUCUGUGUGACAGACCAAACUUCUUCUGUGCCUGAGGGAAAAGUUUAAAAAGUAUAUAACAGUGUUUGUCAUAUUGAAGUGUUACUGUGUCAAUGUUUGAUUCAUGUGAUGUUUUUAUAGUUUUUAGUCAGAUCAUGGGACUAGGGAUGAAAAUGAGUAGUAGCUGGUGUUGGAGAUGUUGAUUAUGGUACCUGAGGUACGACUAUAUAUUUUGAGCCCUAGCAGGCUCUGUACACUUUGUUGUCUGAGAUGUUGAUUAUGGUACCUGAGGUACGACUAUAUAUUUUGAGACCUAGCAGGCUCUGUACACUUUGUUGUCUGGCUAAUGGUAUAAUUAUGGUCAGGUCAGUGGAGUGCAGGUGUACAUUGAAGUAUUUAAUUGAACUCUGGUUAUGAACAGUUCUGAAAUUCUGUAUGUACAGCUAUUGGAUCUUAAUUUGACCAGUUUCUCACAGCAGUAAAAUAAUCCUGCAGCAACAGAACAUUUGAAUUAUUGUGUGGAUUAUAAUUAAUGGAUAUUUUUGUAUGGGUUGAUACAUUUUUAGUUAGGGCAAAUCAAGUCUGAACUUUUUAUCUGUAAAUUACAAACGUUAAAAGUAUUUGUAAACCUCAAAUACACUACAAGUUGGCGUUUCCUGCUGUAUAGGAAAUGUCAUGCAACAACCGGGAGAUCAAAUUAAGAUCCUCCACCUGUACCAUGCUAUUUUGGUUCAAAAGCCAUGUGUAGUAUGACUGUGACGAGCCUAUAGAAGCCUGUCAUGUGACGCGAGGCUAAUACAUUCUUCUGUGUUUUGACAGAUCUUCCUGUGUGUGGGUGAGGGCUGCACUGACAACGACACCAACGCCCUCCACCACACCCACAUCGCCCUGGCCUUCCUGACCGCAUUCCUCUUCGCCACACACCUACCAGAGCGCCUGGCCCCCGGCAGCUUCGACUACAUAGGUCAAACUGCAUUGUCUAUCUGGAAAAGCUGCUUGUUUGAUUCGUUCAGAAUGAUUUGUCACUGUACUGUACAAGAGUUGUUGUAAUACAGUAGAUACUGAUCAACACUGGCUUGACAUUAGUGGUAUGACAUAUGUAGUAUUAAAACAACAUAAUAGACUUAAUAUCACUGCCUCUGGGACUCGCCGUGCCUUCCUGUUUCCCCCUUAUGCUGUGGAGGCAAGUUCUUCUGUCUCUGGCCAGUUACAGUUCUCCUCCUUGAGUUAUGUUUGGUUCCACUCCUGUUCUGCUACUACUUGUCGGUAUUUAACCACAGUCCUUUUGCACCCUCUGCAGGUCACAGCCACCAACUGUUCCACGUGUGCGGCAUAAUGGGCACUCAUUUCCAGAUGGAGGCCAUCGAGCAGGACAUGGUGACGCGACGCCCGUGGCUCCUCACACACUCUCCACCCAUCACCUUCGCUAACACACUGGGGGCGGCACUGCUGAGUGUAGGCCUCAGCCUUGGCAUCAUCUUCCUCUUUAGUCUGCCUCUGCUCUGGUCAGCCACCCGGGGAGAACACAUGGAGAAGAACACACAGUCACGUCCAAUGGCCAAGGGAUGCCAGUGGCACUAGCACUAGCCACAUGCUAAUGACAAUGUAUAUGGAUCUAAAAACUGGAUGGCUCAGUUGGUGGAGCAAUGGUGCCUGUAAUGCCAGGAUUGUGGGUUCGAUUCCCGGGGCCACCCACACAUAAAAUGUAUACACGCAUGAAUGUAAGUCGCUUUGGAUA